GGCCCGAUCUGCUUCUCUUGCUUCUGCUUCUCUUCAGGAAUGGAAGAAGGAACAUUGAGUUGCGUCUUUGUUGAGUUUUUCAUCGACUUUUUCCACAUCUCUUCAUGUUCUACUCUUAGCGAGUGUGUGACUGCUCUACAAAAAGAAGUAAGUUUGGUUUCGUGUAGCUUGUGCUACACAAGGCGCCUCCGAGAUACUACAUAGUGAACAUACAUAGUACAGCAGAUUUGGGAGAACUGAGAACACACGGAACUCGGCAGCCAGGCAAGACUGGGUUGAUCUCUUCCAUUCCACCCUCGACUUUAGCCUGCUUCACUCCACUUUCGGGGAAACGGCUCCAUUUAUUCGGACUCCAACUUUUCCUACGGAGUGACUCAAGUGAGACGAGCACCACACAUACACACUUGGCAGAGGCACACAUACGAACGUAUCCACCAGUGGAUGAGAAGAUAGCCAAAUUACAAUUUCAAAUUUUCAAGUCGAGAAUUGAGAUCUCUUCGUUUCCGGGUGUUCGACAUCUUCUCGCUCAGCAACCAGAGACAAAUUGCUGUUCUAUAGUUCAAGAAAGUGAAAGUGGUCAGCACAGCACUACUGGAAAAGACAGCAAAAGACUUUAUUGCAGCGAGGAGGAGGGAGAAAGUUGCCAACUUUAUAAUGUGCUAAUACAUACGUACGUACGGGGAGGAUAACAUGCUAAAAAAAGUUUGUAUUUUUUUGCGACCACUAUUAUAAAAUUCGAGUCGAAUUGACCAACUUAUCAACAAGCUCGUUACGCAUUACCCUCCACGGCUGCUCGGGUUUUGAGUGACUAAAUAAAAGGGAGAGCGAGUUAAGAAGCACGUGCGGAAGUGUCUCAUUCAUUUCUCCCAGAAUUUUGGGCAUGCAUGUGUAUGUGGGUAAAAGUGAAAGUAAAAGUUUCCCCUGAAAAAACUUGGCUGGAUUUUUUAAAUUUUCUUAUUGACAAGAGUUUACCAACUUUCCCUGUAAUUUACUAGAAGAGAUGUAUUUUCCAUCGAAUCAACAGCAUAAUUGAGACUACAUAUUGCGUGUUUCGCUGUAAAAAAAAGUUGAGAUAGAAGCGAGAUGGAGACAUUUUAUACACAAUUUCUUCUCCCAUCUUCAACCAGUGGCACAUCGACAAGGGUAAAAAUGAGUUCGAUAUUGCUCCUCGUCUUUACAUUACUUAUCACAGGGUUAGAUGGUCUGAGGAACGUAAGACUGGAAGGUCCACACCAUGUCCGCUCCGGGGAGGAUGUGAUACUCAGAUGCAAUUACGACCUGGACAAUGACAGCAUUUACGUGGUUAAAUUUUAUAGAGAUUCCAACGAGUUUUAUCGCUUCGUUCCCAAAGAAGUUCCACCAAAACGAUUCUUCCCCAGUUCAGGCCUCGCCUUUAACGAGGUGUACUGCAACGAACAUGACAUCUUCCUGAGGAACGUGAGCUUGGAAACGACGGGCCGAUUUAAAUGUGCUGUUAGUGCAGAAAUGACGUUUCAGACUUUCAUUGCGGCACAGGAUCUCGUCAUAGUUGAAAUCGACUACUCGCCACCCCUCAUCGAGGUGGAUCAACCGAGUUAUUAUCCCGGAGAAAAUGCAAAAGCCAACUGUUCCGUAGGACAGGUUUCACAUUCUCUAAAUUUCACCUGGUUCAUCAACGAUCAAGAGGUGCCAAAGGCGUUGCACAGACAAAUCACCAUUCCCGACGCGGACGUACCUUCUUUGAUGAAAUCAGUGUCGCUGCUACAGUUUGAAAUGGGGACCACGAGUUUCACUGCCCUUGAUUCUACGAAAGGGGGAGGACGCACAUCUCUCAACGGGGACGAUACGAGGUUAAAAUGCAGAGCUGAGCUGUUCGACUUGUAUUCUGAAUAUUCUAAGGAAAUUGUGAUUCAAACGACGCAGCCGAGGUACUCUCCAAGCAACCAGGAUACGCUUCGGAGGUCCAGUCCACCCAUAAAUGGAGGUGCAGUGGCAGCAUCAUCCUCUCCUUCACCCACAGUGCUUUCAUCCUGGAGGAAUUUGAUACUCUUGAUGAUAAUCGGAUGGACGGGAGCAAAACGAGGUCUUCAUUUUCACUUCUGUUUGUGACACCAACACCACCAACAAACAAACUAUUUCCAUUCCGGAUGAUGAGUCAAAGUCGUUCUUGUUUGUUACUGCUGCUGCUGUUCCUGCUGCUGUUCCUGCUGCUAUCGAGUUAAACAUGCAACAUCAACAACAUUCAAGCCAAAUUACUUCUUCCUCUGCACCAGACUCGGAAUGAAAUCAAGGAUGACUUUGAGUGAAUGAGAUGGAGCAAAAGUUGGUGACUGUUUCGAUGAAAUUUAAUCAAGUAUGUACGUACGUACGUCAAAAUUAUCAAACAUCGCCACAUUAAAACAAUCCCCUUCUUGGAUGGUGGAUACGUAAUAAUAAUGAAAUUUAAUUAUGAUUCUCUUCUGGCACAAGGUGUCUACAUAUUUAUUUGAGGGAAAUCUAUGUAUAAAGUCGGACAAAUCAUAUGUAUGAAAACGUAUGCACAUGAAUGCUAUGAAUAUUAUAUGUACAGGAACAAAGGGAUAUUGAUAUUACCUUGUUAUACAAACGAAUUACUUUAAAUAAUACUUUCUCCCCCUUCAGUCAUUUAUGGAAUGUCAAACCACAUUACUAAAUAAAUAUGUUUUCCUGUCAUGUGUGUUUGUACUGCUGCUUUGUUGUGUCGAGUGUGAAUGUAUGUGUUAUUUUACUACUGAGAUUUUGGAUUCUGUGAUGAUUACACAUGCAAACAUAUGUAUUAUUGUGACGGUGACGACAUGUAUCAAUUUGUAUCUUUGAUUGUUACUAAUACUUAAGAGAAGUAUGUAUAAUACGCAAUUAAUUAGUUAUCACUAUUAUUUGGUCUGCUGACUAAAAUUGAUGAAGAUGUCAUUUAAUUAAUAAUGAUUUUGUGAUGGAUUGAAGUCAUGUCAAAGGUAAUAAAGUAAUAAUUGAAUUUCCUCAAUUUAUUAUAAAUGAACAAGAA